GCGCUUAUUUGCGCCAGACAAUGUGGGUUGAUCGAAAUUGAUGAUGCUCAAGUGAUUGCUGGCGCCUGGGGGAGCUCGUAAGAUGAAGAUGGAGGAUAAUUUCUUGUACUCCAGAGCACAUUGGGUCAGUAAAUCUUUGAUUGCGUGGAAUGAGGAUAUUGGGGAUGGGUUUUGCUAUCUACUUGCUAGUAGAGAUGCCUCUUUGUCCAUUGCAAAUAAUGAAAUUCAAGGUAAAGAUGUGAAAAUUACGCUUGAAGAAGAUGGAGCUGGCCUUCCUACAUAUCUGAUGAGAAGUGCAGGAAUUGUACUGGUUUGCAGUUACCUGGUGUUAUAGAUGAACUUUUUUUCAUAUAAUGGCCCUCUUGGUGCAUUGUUCUCAAGAGAUGCUGUUUCACUUUAUCUACGGCCUCCUACCGCUCAAGCGAUACGUGCUUACAUCUACAGGGGCCCAACGAGAGAGAACCCCAUUGAAAUUGUACAGUUGGAGGAGGAUAAUGGUGUUUGGAAAACUAAAGGACCCAAAAGUUGGGAAGGCUGUUACUAUGCCUAUGAAGUAAAUGUUUACCACCCGAGUACCUUGCGAGUUGAAAAAUGCUAUGACAACGAUCCAUAUGCUAGAGGACUUUCAUCAGAUGGCAGGAGGACAUUUUUAAUUAAUCUUGACUCUGAUGAGUUAAAACCUGAUGGAUGGGAUGAUCUGGUAAACAAGAAACCUGUUGUGCAUUCUUUCUCAGGUAUAAGCAUUUAUGAAAUGCAUGUAAGAGAUUUCAGUGCCAAUGACUCCUCUGUGCAACCUGAGCUUCGUGGUGGUUAUUUGGCCUUCACAUUGCAGGAUUCAGCUGGUGUACUUCAUCUAAAGAAGUUAUCAAGUGCCGGCAUCAGCCAUGUCCAUCUACUUCCAACUUUUCAGUUUGGUGGAGUUGAUGAUCAAAAGGAGAAGUGGAGAUCUGCAACGUUUGUAUUCAAAUGGAAAUGCAGCAGUGACGCAGCACAUUACAUCAAAUUUAUGGAUCAAGAAGUUGAAAGAUAAGCAGGGAGAGAAUAAUUCAAGGGUCUUCAAGUUCCCAAACCAGCAGCUGAAAUAUCAGCCUUGAUGGCGUGUACUGCUCACUGUAGUGUGACAAAGGGUGUUUUUUGGCAGAUUUUUCAGUAUUAAAAGGUCUGCCACCAGAUUCAGAUCAGCAACGAACUCUUAUUACAGCCAUUCAAGACUAUGAUGGAUA